CCGCCCCUCCUCCCGGUCCACUUCUCUUACCCCCCUUUUCCCCCUCCCCCCCAGUCCUGCGGACCUGGGGGCUUCAGGAUCUGGGCGCUAUGAAAAGUGUCUCCUCAGUCACUUCCGGUUUUUCUUCCCCCAAUCCCUCAGCUGCUGCUGCUGCUCAGGAGGUCAGAUCUGCCACUGAUGGUAAUACCAGCACCACUCCGCCCACCUCUGCCAAGAAGAGAAAGUUAAACAGCAGCAGCAGCAGUAGCAGCAGUAACAGUAGUAACGAGAGAGAAGACUUUGAUUCCACCUCUCCCUCCUCUUCCACUCCUCCUUUACAACCUAGGGAUUCGGCAUCCCCUUCAACCUCGUCUUUCUGCGUGGGGGUUUCGUUGGCUGCUUCCAGCCACGUACCGAUACAGAAGAAGCUGCGUUUUGAAGACACCCUGGAGUUUGUAGGGUUUGAUGCGAAGAUGGCUGAGGAAUCCUCCUCUUCCUCCUCCUCAUCUUCACCAACUGCUGCAACAUCUCAGCAGCAGCAACUUAAAAAUAAGAGUAUAUUAAUCUCCUCUGUGGCUUCGGUGCAUCACGCAAACGGCCUGGCUAAAUCUUCUACCACCGUCUCUAGCUUUGCUAACAGCAAGCCUGGCUCUGCUAAGAAGUUAGUGAUCAAGAACUUUAAAGAUAAGCCUAAAUUACCAGAAAACUACACAGAUGAAACAUGGCAGAAACUGAAGGAAGCGGUGGAAGCUAUCCAGAAUAGCACUUCAAUUAAGUACAAUUUAGAAGAACUCUAUCAGGCUGUAGAAAAUCUCUGUUCUUACAAGAUUUCUGCAAACUUGUACAAACAGCUGAGACAGAUUUGUGAAGAUCACAUCAAAGCACAAAUUCAUCAGUUCAGAGAGGAUUCAUUGGAUAGUGUUCUUUUUCUAAAGAAGAUCGAUAGAUGCUGGCAGAACCACUGUAGACAAAUGAUCAUGAUCAGGAGCAUUUUUUUGUUUCUGGAUAGAACUUACGUUCUUCAGAAUUCAAUGCUACCCUCCAUUUGGGACAUGGGACUGGAGUUAUUUAGGGCCCACAUUAUAAGCGAUCAGAAAGUCCAGAAUAAGACCAUCGAUGGCAUUCUUCUGUUGAUUGAGAGGGAAAGGAAUGGUGAAGCAAUUGAUAGAAGUUUACUCCGAAGCCUUUUAAGCAUGCUCUCUGAUUUGCAAAUUUAUCAGGAUUCUUUUGAGCAACGAUUUUUGGAAGAAACUAACCGGCUUUACGCAGCCGAAGGCCAAAAAUUAAUGCAGGAAAGAGAGGUUCCUGAAUAUCUUCAUCAUGUUAACAAACGUCUAGAAGAAGAAGCAGACAGACUUAUUACUUACUUAGAUCAGACCACCCAGAAGUCAUUAAUUGCUACUGUAGAAAAACAACUUCUAGGUGAACACUUAACAGCAAUUCUUCAGAAAGGUUUAAAUAACCUUCUUGAUGAAAACCGAAUUCAAGAUUUAUCUCUUCUGUAUCAGCUCUUCAGUAGAGUUCGAGGUGGAGUUCAGGUUCUCCUGCAACAGUGGAUCGAAUACAUAAAGGCAUUUGGCAGCACUAUUGUAAUUAAUCCUGAAAAAGAUAAAACAAUGGUCCAAGAAUUGCUGGAUUUUAAAGAUAAGGUUGACCAUAUAAUUGAUAUCUGUUUUCUGAAGAAUGAAAAAUUUAUCAACGCCAUGAAAGAAGCAUUUGAAACAUUCAUUAACAAGAGACCAAACAAACCUGCCGAACUUAUAGCUAAAUACGUAGAUUCAAAACUUCGUGCUGGCAACAAAGAAGCUACAGAUGAGGAACUUGAAAAAAUGUUGGAUAAAAUUAUGAUCAUAUUUAGAUUUAUCUAUGGCAAGGAUGUUUUUGAGGCCUUCUAUAAGAAAGACUUAGCCAAACGCCUGUUAGUUGGGAAGAGUGCAUCUGUAGAUGCUGAAAAAUCAAUGCUGUCCAAACUUAAACAUGAAUGUGGAGCUGCUUUCACCAGCAAACUUGAAGGAAUGUUUAAAGACAUGGAACUUUCUAAAGACAUCAUGAUUCAGUUCAAACAGUACAUGCAGAACCAGAAUGUACCGGGGAAUAUUGAAUUAACUGUGAAUAUCCUGACAAUGGGUUAUUGGCCAACAUACGUGCCUAUGGAAGUGCAUUUACCACCAGAGAUGGUAAAACUUCAGGAGAUUUUCAAGACGUUUUACUUAGGCAAACAUAGUGGCAGGAAACUUCAGUGGCAGUCGACCCUGGGACACUGUGUGCUAAAGGCUGAAUUUAAAGAGGGUAAAAAAGAACUCCAGGUCUCUCUUUUUCAAACACUGGUGCUGCUAAUGUUUAAUGAAGGAGAGGAGUUCAGCUUAGAAGAGAUCAAGCAGGCUACUGGAAUAGAGGAUGGCGAGUUAAGGAGAACACUGCAGUCUUUGGCCUGUGGCAAAGCUAGAGUUCUGGCGAAAAAUCCAAAGGGCAAAGAUAUCGAAGAUGGUGACAAGUUCAUUUGUAAUGAUGAUUUCAAACACAAACUUUUCAGGAUAAAGAUCAAUCAAAUUCAGAUGAAAGAAACGGUUGAGGAGCAAGCAAGCACUACAGAAAGAGUAUUUCAAGACAGACAGUAUCAAAUUGAUGCUGCAAUUGUUCGAAUUAUGAAGAUGAGGAAGACACUUAGCCACAAUCUGCUGGUUUCAGAAGUGUACAACCAGUUGAAAUUUCCAGUAAAGCCUGCUGAUCUUAAGAAGAGAAUAGAAUCCUUAAUUGACCGGGACUACAUGGAGAGAGAUAAAGAAAAUCCAAAUCAGUACAACUACAUUGCAUAAAAUUUUGGCCUUGGAGCAUUUUGUGUCUCAUGCUGUAGCCAGUGGAUAAACCUAACUUGUUGAUCCUAUAUUGUUUGACUUCUUUUAUACUACCAAUGACCAAAUGAAGCAGUGUAAUGGAAAUAGUUGAGUGGACAUUUUCAGUGGUUAACAUGCUCAUUAAAAGAGUAAUACUUGCUUAAAGAAGAAUGUUGUUGAACUCUUUGCAUGUUAUUUAGUAUGAUGUGCAGAAAACUCUUAAGAAAGUACUUGGUCUUCAUGAUUCCUCUUUGGAACUGGGGAAGAGGUCCCUAUGGCUAUUAAAAAAGUGGGAUUCUUAUACACCGUUAAUUAUGAAGCAAAGGUUUAUUUGCUUAAAAUGUCAUUUAAAGAUACUUAAACUGCAUGCAAACUUUAUUUACUGUACAGAGUUCUGGAUGUAUUUAUCAAAUAGAAAAACCACCCUGGACUUGGUUGUUCACCUGUUUUGUGAUUUCCCUUGAAAAGAAAAAUAAGUUGUCAUAGCUAUUGAUAUUUUACUAAGUAAUGUUCAGUUACACUUAAAGGGAUGUUUUGAAAAAAUUUAUUUGAAAACAAGUUUUCAAGUAGAAGGACAGUUGCUUAUAUGAUCUCUUGUAUAUACACAUCCUCAAAUGCUCCAUUUAUGGUUAUGGGAUGUGUGUAUAUGGCUUAGCCCUGAGUUUACUGUGUUGAUUAACAGGUACUUAUAAAUAUAGCUGAAAUAGAAAAUUGCUGAUCAUUUGUACUAGAAGAACACAGUAGGAGAAAAAAUUCCAACUCUUUCUUCAUAUUAAAAAUGAAUACAAUAUGAACAUUGCAAAGGAGACCAAAACCCACAUAUUUUAUACAUUUGUACACAACUAAAAAUUCCAUCAAUUCAUUUUCAACUUCCUUUAGGCUUUAAUGUUGUUUGAACAGUUUUGUCUUUAACUUGGACCAAUUGUAGAUUGUUACAGGCUUUUUAGGAUUUAGCAUUCCUAUUUUUUUCUACCAAAGUUCUUUUGGAAGUACCCCAACUCUUUGUUGGUAAAUAAGCCUUUCCUGUCAUUUUUAUUCUAACUCCCUAAAACCCUACAUGUAAAGGUCCUCCCUCGUUUUCUCCACAUAUCCCCUAGUUGGAAUUUCAAAUUCUUUAUCAUGCUGAUCUUAAUUUCUUUCAAAAUUGUUUGAGGAGUUCUCAUGACAAUUGGAUACCCACUUUUCAGGGGAAAGUCCUAGGAUUGUUCAGAUGUAGAAAAUAGCGCAAGUAUUGUUCUUCAAAUUGAUAAUGUGAGUAAAAGGCUUCUCUUUAUUUUACCACCAGUAGUUUUUUU